CCAGAGGUCUGCGCUGCUCAGCACUUAAAAUGCCUGGACUACUUGUAAUGUCACUUUUCCUGCUAUAGGCACAAAGCAUUUGACUAGGACAUAAAAAUGCUCAACAACAAAACCCCCAGCCUUAGCAAAAGAGGAGCAAUAUGGGGUUUGUACAUCCUCUUGCUUUACACCAGCCCUUUCUCCUGUUUUGCAAAUUUCAGCCAAGCAAAAGAGCUCCUCUAUAAGAUAAAGGAGGGAUUACCCAGAGGGACCUUCAUAGGGGCCAUUGGAGUAGACUUAAAUUUGGAUUUCACUGUUGAUCCCCCCUUUUUAUUCAAUCUGCCUCAAAAGAAGGUCAGUGAACAGUAUGUGAACCUCAAUAAUACCACAGGGGAGCUUUAUACAUCUGCUACGGAGAUUGACAGGGAGACCCUCUGCCCUGAUACCUCAGAGGGACAGGGAUGUUUCCUCUCGCUGGAUGUGUUUGUGUUGCCUCAGCAGUAUUUUCAGCUAGUUAAAGUUAAGAUCUCCAUUGAGGAUGUAAACGACAACAGGCCAAGGUUCCCUGUGGAGGAGAUUUGUGUGUCUGUUCCAGAAAACGCACCUAUUAAUGCUCGUUAUGCAGUGGAGCAGUCAGCAUUUGACCCAGAUCUAGGUCUUCAUGGAGUGCAGACCUACUGGCUGGUUAACGACUUUGGCAUGUUCACGCUGGAUGUUGAGGAGAAUGAGGGAGGUGAGCUGACACCCUUUCUUAUUGUGAUAGAAGCCCUGGACAGAGAGUCACAGGCUGAGUACAUAACAGAUAUCAUUGCAGAGGAUGGAGGGACUCCUCCUCUUCUUGGUACAGCUACUUUGAAAAUAGUUAUCACUGAUGUGAAUGAUAACUGUCCACAGUUCACAGAGUCACAAAUUAAUGUCACUCUCUAUGGGAAUACUACCAAAGGGGCACAUUUGGCACGUCUGCAUGCUUUUGACCCUGACCUCGGUUCUAAUGCCCAGAUCAACUAUGCUUAUAGUGAACGCGUGCCAAGGGACACCAGGAGCUUGUUCCAUUUGGACAAAAUCACAGGAGUGAUCAAACUAGCAGGGAAAAUAGACACUGGCACAACCAAAUUUUACAAACUCACCGUCCUGGCCAAUGGUCCUGGUUGUAUACCAGCCGUUGCCACUGUUGCUGUCCAUAUCAUCAAAGUUGUUACAGGCCCACCUGCUGUAAUACCACGGUACAUCGCAGCUGAAAAAGAUGGAGUGGUGACAAUCAAAGAGUCUGAGCCACCGUUUUCUCCAAUUGCUUUUUUUACUAUCAAGAACACAGAUAUAAAUCAAAGGGUGGACUGUCAUUUGGAGGGGUCUGGACCAUUCAGGCUAGGCCCCUACAAGCUUUUCAAAAAUGAGUACCUACUAGAGACCACUGAGCCCUUGGACUAUGAAAAGAUACAAGAGUAUGAGCUAAUAGUGGUUGCCACCAACACCCGAGGACUUGUCAUCAAGACCUUCCUCAAGGUGCAGGUGUUGGAUGAGAAUGAUAAUGCACCAGUGUUUCAACAGUCCUUGGUGGAAGUAUCUGUAGAGGAGAACAAUACUCCAAAUACCUUCCUAGCCCAAUUACAAGCUACAGACCAGGACAGUGAGAGUCGUGGGGAAGUCCUCUAUCUUCUGGGAGGUGACGCCCCUGGCAUCUUUUUUGUAGACCGUGUGACAGGUGUCCUGACUGUGACUACUUCACUGGACCGUGAGGAGAAAGAGACAUACCGGUUCAUAGUGAGGGCAGUGGACCAGGGAACACCCAGGAGGGAGUCCAUUGCUACGGUGGUGGUGACAGUUCAAGACCACAAUGACAACAGUCCACGUUUCAUCAACAAGGACUUCACUUUCUUUGUGCCAGAGAACUUCCCGGGGUAUGGUGAGAUUGGGGUCCUCUCUGUGACAGAUGCUGAUGCUGGGGAAAAUGGCUGGGUGGCACUUUCCAUCAUCAACGGCAGUGAUAUCUUCAUGAUAGACACAGGCCGUGGUGCACUAAGGGCCAAGACAUCAUUGGACCGUGAGCAGCAGGGGACGUACCAGCUGUGGAUCGAGGCAGUCGACGGUGGCGAGCCUGCACUCUCCUGUGUUACCAUGGUGACCGUGCUGUUAUUGGAUGUUAAUGACAACCCACCAAUUGUCCUUUUCCCCCAGUCCAAUCAAUCAUACAUGCUAGUGCUACCAAGUACACUACCAGGAACAUCCAUCACAGAGGUGUACGCUGUGGAUAAGGACACUGGCAUGAAUGCUGUAAUCGCCUAUAGCAUCAUUAAGAGGAAAGGUGGUGAACCAGGGUCAUUUGCCAUUGACCCUGAAACAGGAAACAUCACAUUAAAGAGGGAGCUCAGUAACCGGGGCCUCUACAGCCUUCUAGUGAAGGUCAGUGAUCACGGUCAGCCAGAGCCCCUUCACUCAACAGUCAUGGUUAACUUCUUUGUCAAUGAAACAGUUAGCAAUGAGAGCUACAUCCAGAGUCUGCUGACCAGAGAGGCUGACAUUGAGGUCGAGGAGAGGCCCUGGUACAUUGGUCAGCUGACUGAGAGGCAUGAGAGAUACGAGCUGUUCCCCUGUCAGCCUGUCCUCAUUGGUCUCUCUGUCAUCUGUCUGGGGCUGUUCUUCUUAGUUAUUACACUGACAUCUUACAUGUGCUGUAAGAGGCUUAAACGGAGAGACAGAAAGAAAAGACUGGAGGUGGAGGUACCCCUGAAAAUGAAAUGUGAGUCAAUGCAAAUUGUGGACAGAAAACUCAGGCAGAUCUCAAACAUGUGACACUCAACACCCCACACAUCCUCACAUCACUACUGUUUACAUGAAUGUUUACAAUGCUCAUUGACGUGAGUGUAUUUUUACAUGAAGUUGCUCUUUUUGCCUGGGUAAUAUGAUUGUUAUUACUGUGGUAAUGCAAUGCACUGCAGUUAAAUUUAAAGGUCAUAUGUCAGUAGCUUUUAUUGUUAUUAUUAAAAUGGGCACAUAACACUAUUCUACCUUUAUAAUAAGUACAACAUUACCAGACGUAUGUAUGUAUUAGGAAACCAAGGUAAAAUGUAGAUUGAGUUAUUGGCAUUGCAGUUAUAACAGCCUUAUUGUAUAGCAACGAGAGCAACUUAGUGAGGAUGACUCAGUCUAAGGUCCUGUGUAAAUAUUGUACAAAAUGUUUUAUAUCUUUAUAUAAAAAUCUUUACCUUGGCAUGAAAAGGAAAAAGACAGUUUGAGGCACAACUUACAACACGUUUACAUGAUCUGUGUUCUCUAGGCACAUACCUGCAUUACCUGUCACAAGUAGUAAUAUCACAGUAAUAAAAGUCACAGUAAUAUCACAAAAAUCUGUUGUUGGGUACGUCAAGAAUUUACAAAGGAAUUAUGUAUGCUUAUUCCAUGGAUAUAUAUUGUAGCUGAUUCUGCAAGGGUCUACAAGCUUUCUUACUCCAUUUAAUACACUGUGUUGUGACUUAAUGAUGAUAUUCAUAUAUGGGGCAGUGGUAAACCACCUGAGAACCAUUGUUCUGUUCUGCAAUGUCCCAGUGCUGUUAUAUUUGGAAAGCUCACCGUGGAUGUGUACAUCUAAUUCCAAAGUUAAACUUUACAGUCCAGUUCUGUCAGCAGUGAUGUUGUACUCAUGCAACACAUUAUGUGCAAAAUUACAAUCAAAUCAUUCUCUUUCAUGUUUCAGAGCCAUGGUUAGUGACCUUGAGGCUCCACUGUCUGUGUAGGCUUACAGUAGAGUAACCUGAUGAUGUGUAUGUAAUACCUUUCAAUGGCAUUCCAGAGUAAACAGGGGUCAUGUCUGUUCAUCAUGCUAAAUUUUGUGUCUAAAUUUUCUUCUUUGUCAUGAGACUUCACAAAACUGCUUCAGGUUACACUGCGCUUCUGUGUACAAACAGUGUGUCUGUGGGGUAAAAAAAAAAAAAAUGCUAU